AUGGAGAGGGCCGCCAUUAACAGACCAGCCAAGCUCGGGAGGAGGAGCUCAUCUGAAACCCCCUCCAGGAAAUCUGAGGUGAAGACGAAGGCCAGGGGUUCCCGGAAUCCUCUAAAGGAGCUCAACGGCGGCUAUCUCCCUCCUGUGCACUCCAGAGAAGGAGGCCCGAGGAGGGGUUGCUUCGGCCGUCUCCUCUCCAACUCCUCUUCUUCCUCCUCGUCCUCCUCUUCCAGGGCCAAUAUCCUCCCCAAGUCCAGGCCUCUUCCUCGAACCCCUACGUCGGCUCCCCCAAACUCGAGAGCCGUCCGAUGCCUCAAGAGCUCGGUGGACGCCCGCAAGAACCAAUCAAGACCUAGUUUUGAGGUACAGAAGCAUUCGGCGUCUGAUCGAAACCAGAGACCCGCAGCAGCCGUGACCUUGCAGAGGUGGAACAGGGGGAAGCUUGGAGGGUUAAGUGCGGCUGCCAUCGGUAAAGGUAAGCCCACUAAUGAGCCGAAAUGGGAGCUUUUGCGGCAUGGAAGAGAACGUCCGGCGGCCAUUUCUCACGUUUGCGCAGGCCUUGGAGCAGAUUUGGAGAAGAGCGGGACUCCUAUGUCUCUGUGUAAGAUUUCUUAUGGAUCUGGUUCGGAUGAUCCGGCCGGAGAGGAAGGAGAUCAGAGUCAGAUCCAGAAUUCCCAGACCCCCACGUCCACAAGAACAGCAACACCACCGGUCCAGGCCACCAUCUCGCCAGAGUUUGGCGGGCAGUCGAUGCUUCCCACUCCCGCGUGCUUCGCUGCCGGCCACCUGCUCACCGGAGUUCAGGACAGGAGGAAGUGUAGGCCCAGAGGAAUCCUGAACGGAGGGAGCAGUGGAUUGCACAUUGCAGACAGUGGAAGUCUGGGAUUUCAUGUUUGUUCCAGCGCUAAAUCUCAAGCCUCCUUGACACCACCGCCUCCCCUGGUGGCCUCUGUACGAUGGCUCUCUUCCCCUGGUAAUGGCCAGAGUGGGAGACUAGAGGAGGUUUCCUCUUCCAACUCGAGGCUAUGUCUUGCUGAAGCUUCUGUCAGCUGGUUCCUCUCCCCGAAAGAAAAUCUAGCAGGCAAAUCUACUCUUCAAAAUUUCUCACCCAAUUCAAACAACUUGGGUUCAUCAGGAACAACACCCUGGUCUAAUCAUCAUCUAUUGGGUGUGUCUCCAGCUUCUCUAACUGAAACUGCCUGCAAUUCGCCUGAGCUUAGGGGUUGGUUGACCCCUAGCUCAUCGAACUUUGAGAAGACUCCACCUGCUCUGGAAAUCUGUCGUUCUCCUGCCAGUAGCAGUGGCCUUAGCCCCUUCUCAAUGAUUCUGCAGAAGGCAUCAGCUAUCUCCAAGUUCAAGGACCACAGCCCACAAGAUAAAGGAAGAUGUCACUACCUCUCAUCUGCUGUGAAUUCGCCAUUCUCAGGGGAUUCACACGGCAACAGCAAUGUUAUGUGCACUCCUUCAUCCUGUUCAAGCCCAAGUAGACAGGUCGGGCAACUCGAUCCCUUUGGCCUGCAUCCCAUGGCCGAGGAGGCUGUUGGGAACCUUUGCUCCUCUCCACCACAUCAGGAGUUAUCCAGCGGUGGCUCAAAGCCUGCUCUCCCAUUUUCCACUCAAAGCUUCCACUUUGGAUGUCCUCCCACGCCUCUGAACUCUGUCGAUCUAUCCUGCUUUCAAAGACCUUCAUGCCUUCAGAGUUCUGCAAAGGUGAAACCCCAGUUUAGGGGAGAGAAUUCAUCGCCCUCAGAGAUGAGGAUUUCAUGGAGAGAGGGACUGAUCAGUCGGAUCUUCGAUAUGCAUGAAUUCACCCAUAGUUUUUGGUCACCGGAGAAAGAGGACGGUGGCUGCCAGGAAGAAAAUCAGCUGACCUCGGAGCUCGACAGAAAGCUUGAAUGCACCCCAGGAAGCUCCAAGUUUACAAAGGUCAACGAGCUGAAUGCAGCACUUGGCUUUGGGUCCUUUGAAUUCUCUGGUUAUGAGCAGCAGAGAGAGCAGAACAGUGGCGGGGAGGGUCCUUUUCCCAGUCCAACUCCAUGCGCAGAGUCCUUGCAGAUUGAUGAACAUUGCCUUAUGGCAUCUGAUGACUCUGACUGGACUCUCUUCUUCAAGAAUCACUUGUUUGAGGUUUGA